CUGAUUCCAGCAUUGCAGAAACCAAUGAGAGCCUUCCCGGUCCUUAUCAUGAGAGUUUCAAGGCAGAAUCAAACCGGCACCCUUCCCCUAAAGAAGAUUACUCCAUGACCCCUCCUCAUAGGGUGCCUACCUCAACAUUUUUAGUUCCCUCUUUGCGGAGGAGAAACGAGCUGUCUUCUGCAAAUCCCGUGUCUGCAGACACAACUUCAUCUGCUGUGGUAAGUCUGGCUGCUUUAGACAAAACCUUGGGUUCUUAAAUCUCAUUCUGCUUGUAAAGAUUUGACCCCUUCUAAAAAUAGCCUGCUUGAAACUUCCUGCCUGCUGCUUUUAGCAAGUUUGUCAGAAGGGACAGAGGUAAUCACAGCCAGUGGUGGUUGGAGAGGGUGCAGAAUGCCCAUGACCAUUUGGGAUCUUCACAUUAAUAAAUAUGCAGGACCCUUCAUGCUUUUGAUUCCCCAAAAUCUAUUAUAAUAGCUUGAUUCAGGAAACCCAAUCCAACUAAUUGCUUCUAUCCCCAUAAUCCAAGUAACCCUAAAAUCAGGGGCUGCUUCCCCAGCUUUGCAAAGAGAUUGCAACACUCCAAGGGGAUGCUGCAGUCACAUCUGUAUUCUGCCUAGCCUAAAUUAUAGGGCAGCACAGUUUGGGGUAACAGUGCCAGUGAGGCUUGGACCUCAGAAAUCCUUGCUUCUCCUUGAGGCACAGUCUUGCCCCAAGAUCCCUUGGCAAUGAUAAGCUCUGUGUUACUGGCAGCUGCAAUUCAGCACACAGCAGUCCAAGAGGAAAAAACAUCUCUAUGGACACAAAGACCUCAUUUGCCUUUGUACCGUGUCUUAAAUGUGAUCUUUAUCCUUCUUUGUGGUGAAGGUAAUUUUCUUCUCUUCCAGUGGAGAAUACCUCUUCAUACCUGGAGAUAUGAAUGAGACCCGUGCCAACAGCAACAUCAGCAGUAUCAGUGCUACUGUGGAACUGUUCCAGCUCAUCAUGUACACCCCCAUAUUCACCCUGGGAUUGCUGUUCAAUGUGAUGGCUCUGUCGUUCCUGCUUUUUAAGGUUAAAAAGCUGUCAGAGUCUACAGUCUACAUGGUAGCCCUUAUUUUCCUGGAUACUUUGCUGCUGUUUACUCUUCCUUUUAAAAUUAUUUCCUACCACCUUCAGGACCAGUGGAACUUGGGAUCUGUGUUUUGCUCCACCUUGGAGAGUCUUUACUUUGUAAACAUGUAUGGCAGCAUCCUCAUUUCCCUCUGCAUCUGUGUAGACCGGUACAUUGCCAUCCGGCACCCUUUCACAGCUCCCACCCUGCGAUCCAUCAAGAAAGCUGCUGUGGUCUGUGCUAUCAUCUGCCUGGGCACCUCAGCUGGGACAGUCUCUACUUUCCAGCUGCAUGGAAAGGGCCACAACAUCUCAUCCUGCUUCCAUAACUUCUCCAAGAGCACAUGGGAAAAUGCAGGUCUGUUCAGCGCCUUGGAGGCCACCUUCUUCGGCAGCAUGGCAACCAUGACCUUCUGCACUGCUCAGACCGUCAGGUGCCUGAGAAAGCACAGAAAACCAGAUAACCCCCAAACACACACCACGAGGGCAGAGACGAUAGUGGUGACAAACCUUGUGGCAUUUCUGGUCUGCUUCACACCUUACCACGUGGCAUACUUCCUGUACUUCUUGGUGAAGAAUAACAUCAUUCACACCAGGUUUCAGCAGGUGCUACGAGACAUCCUUCAGGUCACCCUUUGCUGGGCAAACCUGAAUUGCUGUCUUGAUGGGACAUGUUAUUAUUUUGUUUUAAAGGAGUCAAUGGAAGACCCAUUGCAAAACACUGUACACAGAGUCACGUGAAAGCCGUGAUCCAUAUGCUGCAUGUUAGUUACUUGCAGUCAUUUGUCUGAGGUUUCCAUGGGAAGUUCAGGGUCCUGAACUGCUUAUGUAAGCAAUUUAUUUUAAAUAUUAAAAUCUGAAAAUAGUCCAUAAGAAACAGAAUUAAGUCCGUUCCCAGGGGACUGCUCUUAACUUGUUUUUGUUUCCUUCCAUAAUGUUUUGUGUUAGCAUUUACGGGUAAAAAGAAAUGGAAUUACUGCUACAAAUGAUGAUGCAUGUCUUUUU